AUGCGGCUCGGCUCUAUUGCAUUCCUUCUUGUUAUAUUAGCCGUUUCUGCUGUAGCCGACAUUUCGUUCAUCACACCUAAUUCUCGAUACUAUGCUGUAGCUAAUGCGACCGCUUCCAUAACGUGGCAAUACUCUGGUAACGUCUCAACAAAUAUUAGCCUCUGGCUCGGAUUGAAGCAACGUAACGGAAAUACCUCGUUCGACAUUACACAGCCUUCCGCCUUUUCUGUUCCACUCGCAUCUGAGAAAUAUGACUGGAAGAUACCGCCAAAUGCUUGGGGUGCCAUCAACAAUGCUAAUUGGGUAGUCAAGGCCUACCCAGCAGUCAUUUCAAACGGCGAUAUGCCGCAUCAUGGUGAUAAAGCCUUAGGCGAGAGUGAGACGUUUACUAUUAAGCCUGUCGGUACUGAACCGCCGCAGGACAGUGCGUCGUCAUUCUCGUCACCACCAUUGUUCAUCAUCAUAAGUAGCAUUGUCGUCGUUGUCUUAUUCUUUGGGUUUUAA